UUCAAAGACAUCACACAUGAUACCAAGUCACACACAUUCCGAUCAAGCACCGGACUUCUCUCUUCUACUCAGUUUACCCAGCCAGCACUGACCCUCAUGGAGAAAGCUAUCAUUGAAGACAUGAAAGACAAGGGGCUGUUGGCAGACCACUGUAGCUUCGCUGGUCAUUCUCUGGGAGAAUACUCUGCAUUGGCAGCAAUUGCAGAAAUCAUGCCUAUUGAGAGUUUGGUAUCAGUGGUUUUCUACCGCGGUUUGACGAUGCAGAUGGCUGUUGAGCGCGACGAGCAAGGAAGGUCGAACUUCUCCAUGUGCGCCGUCGACCCGAGUCGGCUGUCGAAGUCUUUCAACGAAGCACGCCUGCAGUACUUGGUAUCGCUCAUUGCUAAAGAGACAGGCUGGUUGCUUGAAAUUGUAAACUACAAUGUCGCCAACUCUCAAUACGUCUGCGCGGGUGAUCUUCGAGCCCUCGACACCCUCUCCUCAUUGAUCGGCGAACUCAAGCGCCGUCAAUCUGACUUCCAGGCUAUUCUCCAGAAUACUCAACCCGAAGAGGAGAUUCGUGCCAGCGUAGUCGAUACACUCCACCAAUGCGCCAACGCCGCCAAAGCAAAGCCCCAACCUAUCCAGCUUGAGCGGGGAGUGGCUACCGUGCCACUCCGAGGAAUCGACGUGCCCUUCCACUCAUCCUUCCUUAGCCCAGGCAUUACAGCCUUCCGUGCAUGUCUCUACAAGUACAUUGACAAGGAUACGCUGGAUGCGGACCGCCUGGUGGGCAAGUAUAUCCCGAACCUGACGGCGCGGCCAUUUGAAGUCAGCGAAGGAUACUUCCGGCAGGUGUUCCGGUUGACAAAGUCACCGAUCAUUGCGAAGGUCUUGGCAGAGUGGCGAGAGUAUAUGGAUGGUGAGCGUGGGUUGGAAAAGGUCACUCAGUCUUCGGAGGUUGUCGUUGCAUAG